AUGUGGUGCGGACGUCUACUCGGCUCGUCCUUGGCCCUAGCCCGCCCUGUGGCUCCGGGCGGGGGAGGCUGCCGGGCACAGUCAGCCCUGGCUCAACUUACGGGCAUCCUGGAGAGCCAGCUGGACGCGAUACGGGGGGCAGGCACGUGGAAGAGCGAGAGAAUCAUCACCUCCAAGCAGGGGCCCCACAUCAGCGUGGAGGGCACCUCGGGAGAGAUCCUUAAUUUCUGUGCCAAUAACUACCUGGGUCUCUCCAGCCACCCGGAAGUGAUCCAAGCUGGCCUGAAGGCCCUGGAGCAGUUUGGAGCAGGCCUCAGCUCCGUGCGAUUCAUCUGUGGGACCCAGAGCAUCCACAAAGCUCUGGAGGAGAAGAUUGCCUACUUCCACCAGAGGGAGGAUGCCAUCCUCUAUCCAAGCUGCUUUGAUGCCAACGCUGGACUGUUUGAGGCCUUGCUGACCCCCGAGGAUGCAGUGCUGUCUGAUGAGCUCAACCAUGCCUCCAUCAUCGAUGGCAUCCGCCUCUGUAAGGCCAACAAGUACCGCUAUCGCCACCUGGACUUGGGGGAUCUGGAGGCCAAGCUGCAGGACACCCAGAAGCAUCGGCUGAGGCUGGUGGCCACAGAUGGGGUCUUCUCCAUGGAUGGUGACAUUGCUCCACUUCGAGAGAUCUGCCAGCUGGCUCAGAAAUACAAAGCUGUGGUCUUUGUAGAUGAAUGUCAUGCCACUGGCUUCCUUGGACCAACCGGCCGGGGCACCGACGAGCUGCUGGGAGUAAUGGACCAAGUCACCAUCAUCAACUCUACCCUGGGAAAAGCCUUGGGGGGGGCUUCAGGGGGCUACACAACAGGGCCUCGGGAUCUCAUCGAUCUUCUCCGGCAGCGGGGCCGACCCUACCUCUUCUCCAACAGCCUUCCCCCUGCUGUGGUUGGCUGUGCAUCCAAGGCCUUGGACCUUCUCAUGGAGAGCAAUGCCAUUGCCCGAUCCAUGGCUGCCAAGACCAGACAGUUUCGUAAUAAGAUGGGGGCUGCUGGCUUCACCAUCUCUGGCAGGGAGCACCCCAUCUGUCCUGUGAUGCUGGGAGAUGCCCGACUGGCAUCGGUUAUGGCUGAAGACAUGCUGAAGAGAGGGAUCUACGUCACCGGCUUCAGCUAUCCUGUGGUGCCCAAAGGAAAAGCCAGGAUCCGAGUUCAGGUCUCGGCCGUUCACAGUGAGGAGGACAUUGACCGCUGUGUGAAGGCUUUUGUGGAGGUGGGAAAACAGCAUGGGGCCAUCCCAUGA